AGGUACUCUUGCUGCGGCUUACUUUUCACGCCUCUCUCUCUCUCUCUCACUCACUCUCUCUCUGUGGUUGGCUCCCAGUCAUUCUUCUCCAUUUGCGUGCUUGCUUGCCUUGGUCGCGGUUUUUGCUCAAACAUUGGUCAUUUGUAACGGACUAAUUUGAUGGGGCUUUGGUAAUUGUGAUUUUGUCCCUUUUUGUUCUUCAGGGAUUUGAAGCUUGCUAAUGGUACUUUUCAGCCUGGUCCAACUCUAAUCAUGACUACUAGUUCCCCUGUUCCACCAAAUGAACAGAAAGAAAAACACAUUUUUCUCACUGAGGUUGGUAACUUCGAAAAACAAUUGUGGGGAUUGAUUCACACCAAAAGUCUAUUGCACUGCGAUGUUCAAAACUUGUUUCGCAAAGUUCGUUUUAGUUAUGAGAAAAUCAUUCUAAAUGAUCAAGAGCAUGUGGAACUUCAAGAUGUUGAAUAUUCCUUGUGGAAACUUCACUAUAAACAUAUUGACGAGUUUCGUAAGAUAAUAAAGAAAAGUUCUGCUAAUGGAGAGAGCACAAAACUGGUAAUGACGCAAAAUGCUGGCAAUGUGCAGAGUAGUGAUGAUAAACACAUGGUAGGAUUUAAGUCAUUUCUCUCUGAAGCAAUGGAGUUUUACCAAAAUUUGAUUGUGAAAAUCAGAAAAUGUUCUAGCCUUCCUGAUGACUCCUCUUAUAAAGAGGGUGACAUAUGUUCUUCUGUUGAACCAAAAAAGACCCAGAAAUGCCAAUUUUUAUGCCAUAGAUUUUUAGUAUGUCUUGGGGAUCUUGCUAGAUACCGAGAACAAUAUGAAAAACCCGAUGUUCAAAAUCAUAACUGGUCAGUUGCAGCUUCCCACUACCUGGAAGCAACAAUGGUUUGGCCAGAUAGUGGAAACCCCCAGAAUCAGUUGGCGGUAUUGGCUGUAUAUGUUGGCGAUGAGUUCCUUGCUUUGUACCACUGUGUAAGAAGUUUAGCCGUCAAAGAACCUUUCCCUGAUGCCUGGGAUAACCUGAUUUUACUCUUUGAGAGGAACAGGUCAUCUCCAAGGCAUUCCCUUUGUACAGAAGCCCACUUUGACUUCCUAAAACCUUCUGAAAGAAGCUAUGUCCAGAGCAAGUUACAAUCAAGCGACGACAAUAUGUUGAAAGCUGAAAACAAUUGCACAGUGGAAACAGACUUAUGGUCUCUUCUUAUCAGAACUAUGAGUUUCUUUUUCAUACAAUCCAGUUUGGAGGAAGUCCCUUGUGCCUUUGCAUCUGCCAUGAGAGAGUUGGAUGCUGUGAUGGCACUAGAUGAUACAAAACUAAAAGCUGCAUUGGAAUCCUAUCAGUGUUUGGAUUCAGCUAGAACAGGCCCUUUUCGAGCACUACAAGUUGCUUCUAUAUAUAUCUUUAUCAUAGAGAACCUAAUUCAUGGUCCCCAAGUAAGAAGGUCAAAAGAUAAAACUGAUAUGGAAAAGCUUGCGUGGACACAAUUUGCAAUAGCUGCCACAUUUAUUUUCAUGGGACGCCUCGUUGAUAGAUGUUUGAAGGCUAGUCAAUUGGAUCUUUGCCCACUUUUACCAGCUGUGCUUGUAUUUGUGGAGUGGUUGGUGGACAUGCUUGAUGAAGCAAAAACGUUUGGGGUUGAUGAAAAAAGUAGAAGUGCCAUGUCUUACUUUUUUGUUGUGUUUAUUGACCUUCUGAAGCAGUUCAAUGUUAAAGGGAGUGAAGCCAUGUCUCGGGAUGGUACUCCGCUUUGGGAAGACUAUGAAUUGAGAGGCUUUGCACCGGUAGCAUGUUCAAAUUUGCCAUUAUUUUUUUCAACUCCUUGGGAACAAGUAGACAGUUUUGAAAGUGGUGCUGAAUGUCGUGCUCACCGCAUCAUUAACGCUGCAAUGAGGAUUGCAGAAAGAUCAAAUGAUUCUGGAAAGUGGUUUUUGUAUGAUAAAUCAGAAAGAAAAUUCUACAUUGGAGAGUCAGAUGAAAUUUCAGAGAGAAAAGAAUCAGAAAAAGUAGAGUUACCCAAUUCUGAUCUUAAAGUCAAAGAGCCUAGCCAGGAUAUUUACUUAGCCACAAAAGAAAGCGAGGAACAGAUCCUGAAGGCAUGUCCAAAUGACCCCUGUGUGAAUGGUAAAUCAGUUGCCACAGAUGAGGAAGAAGUCAUUCUUUUCAAACCUCUCUCGAGGUAUAACUCAGCACCACUGUACACUUCUAUUGACACGAACAGUCAAAUGUCUCCAAAAGAUUCGGGGGAUGAAAAUAUACCUUCAGAUGAAUGCUUGCGCCGAGCUAUAUCACUACUUAAUGAGCAAAACCAGGCCCAGAGUGAUCCUUUAGCUUUCCAUGCUGACAUCUCUUAUUUCCGGGGCAACCAGUCAUUGAAGCAUCAGGAGUCUCACGAGAAGGAUUCGUCAGCACACCCAUUGUUAGAAACCCCCAUCUCUGCUGGGCCUCCCUCGCUCAGUGCUUGGGUCUUCAAUGGAGGAAGUUUGAGCAAUGAUAGGGGGAAGACAAGUAAUGCGAGUAAACAUAGCCUUAAGCCUAUUGAGGAAAUGGCUUUUACAACCAUGGCUGGUCUUUCCAUAAACAAAAAUGAGGAUUCUGCAAUCAUCAAUUACUCAUCUCCUACUUACCUACCUCCAGUGCCUUCUGCUCCAUUAUUGCCCGAUGAUGCUGUUUGGUUUAGUGGCAUUCAAUCUAACUUUGUGGACUGCAGAACCUCUGGAGACGGUAGUGGAGCAAAUGAUUUUUCCAGAGCAUCGCAGGUACCAAGCUCUUCAAAUUGGGUUGCUCCUCAUGGGCAUCCUGAUUAUGGUCACAGUGUUGGCAGUUUCAUGAAUAAUUACCCACCUUCAUGUCGAAUGACUUCUUCUGAAUGGCUUCGUCAAUACAGAGAAAGUCACAAUUCUCAGCAAGUCAAUAGUUAUACAUUGCCGGUUCAUUGUUAUGCUCCUGAGAACCCCGGAAACUUCCAACAUCGUGAAGUUUCCAAUUUUGGUGUUUUUGAUCCAUGGGGAAAUCCUAUGGUUUAUAAUCCAAGUGUAUAUAUGGAGAGCCCGCCACUGUAUCAGGCUUUUCCUCGUGUUUAUGGUGCAGAUGAACUCCGAAGGGAGAAGCUCUUUCAUGGUUACCAAAGACCUGUCCCCUUAGGAUGUGGUGCUGUGACAGACCUCAUAAUUGAGCCGCAGCCACUUUUGCAGUAUCCGAAAGAGAGAGAAUGGGGAGUCCUGCAAGAUCCUGGCCUUAGAGGUCCUACAUACAUGGGAAAUUAGAAAGUUUGCUAAUGUGAAACAUUUCAUUCUAGAUGUCUACUUGGCUGUAUUGCCUUUCUUAACGUCUUCAUUUCAUACAGCAUGAAAAGCUUAACACCACUACCCCCCCCCCCCCAAUAGAGUUCGAGAUGUCUGAUUAAAACAUUUCACAUGUAUGCAUGUAAAUAUAGGUGCCUAGAUGUUUCCAUAUGCCCUCUGAAAGAAGUGGUCUCAAGAAAGACUGAAAUGUGUCAAAAUUUUCUGCUGAUCAACAAGUCCAAAAAUUGUAU